CAAGCUUGUGGAUUUACACUGAAACCAUUCCAGACGAGAUCAAUAAGACAGAAAUUCAGCCGGAUAGCGAGAAUAAAAGAAACACAUUUCUGCUUUGUAGUUCUGUUAGACAAUAUAAGGACAAGAAGAUGGAAGCCCAGCAAGAAUCAGUUUUACAUUUUAAAAUAUCUGUGGAUGAGAAUGAGCCAAAACGUGGUGUUCUUGCAGUGCUCGAGAAACUGCGUCCUAACUGGAAGCCAGAGGAGGUUAAACUGAAGUUCUUUACUGAAGGAAUCACAAACCAACUGAUAGGCUGCCAUGUGGAUAAAUUAAUGGAAGACGUAGUCCUGGUUCGUAUCCAUGGAAAAAUGACUGACCUCUUUGUGGAUAGAGAGACUGAAAUGAAAAGUUUUGAAGUUCUUCAUGCCCAUAACUGUGGACCUCAGCUCUACUGCACUUUUGAGAAUGGAAUCUGCUAUGAGUAUGUGAAAGGAACGGUCUUGGGCGAAGGACUGGUGAGACAGCCAGCAAUAUACAGGUUAAUUGCAAUGGAAAUGGCAAAACUUCAUUCAAUUCCAGCACAAAACAAUUCACCUGCCAAACCAAUUCUGUGGAAAAAGAUCUCAGAGUUCCUUAAUUUAGUCAAAACCUCUAAGGAUGACUCACCAGUUUACAAGUGUUCCAGGUUCCUGACAGAGGUUCCCAGCAUUGACAUCCUUGUGAGCGAAAUUGAAACACUUAAAAAGCACCUUUCUCAAAUCAAAUCCCCAGCAGUGCUGUGUCAUAAUGACCUACUGUGUAAAAACAUCAUCUACAAUGAAGCUAAAGGUUUCGUAAGAUUUAUUGAUUAUGAAUAUGCAGGUUACAACUACCAGGCAUACGACAUUGGGAAUCACUUUAAUGAAUUUGCAGGAGUGCAUAAUGUAGAUUACAGCCUCUACCCUAACCAAGAUCUACAAAGCGACUGGCUUGCAACCUAUUUAGAAACCUACAAGGAUUACAAUGGCAUGGAUUCUACAGUCUCUGACGAGGAAGUGCAGAAGCUGUAUGUUCAAGUCUGCAAAUUUUCUUUGGUUUCACACUUUUCAUGGGGCCUCUGGGCUCUCCUCCAGGCCAGAUAUUCCACGAUUGACUUUGAUUUCCUGAGGUUCCAAAAAAGCCCAGAUGGGAUUCAUUUCCAUUCUACUCAAGAACGUAAACGAUACAACGAAAUUAAGGGGCAUUAAACUACUUGAUGACAUUCUGGUCACAUUAAUGAAGACUGGCAUUUUAGUGAACGGAAAGGGGGAAUCAAUCUAAGAUGAGCAGACGUGUUAGUGCAGUGAUUUUAUUUGAUAUAGGAAAAAAACACAAAAACAAAAUGUUUUCUUUGCCACUUUUCACCAAAAACGUGUUUCCCCGAGGGCUUUUUCUAACAGAUUUUGGAUUUGAUACUGUCCUCCAAUCUGCCCCAGCCAAAACUCUUUGUUGUUUUUUUUAGUGUGUGUGUGUGCUAACAUCCUAUGAAAAAGCACUCCAAAAGUAGUACUUUCCAGCCAUAGUGGUUACAUUAAUUGUUAAUGACAAAGGCAACCUACACUCUGUGUGGUUUCCUGCCCUCAUUUGGAUCAUUUUCAGAGCCCCUUUUCCUGAUAGGAAAUGCAAUCUGAGAUGUGCAAAAACAGUGUGUAUAUUGUAGUUUAAUUGGCCCUCACUGUCGCUCAUCCCCAGCUCGGCGCGUGUGCUCUAGGGUCUCUGUUCCACAACAGGAAAGAAUAAACCCAGGCUCAAAUCAUAGGAAAUUCAUCAAAUAUGGUUCUUGGAGUUCUGUCUUUCAAGCGCUGUUUCCCUGCCAUAUGAUCUCUAUAAACCAAAUUACUCCUGGCUCCCUUACAGGACUGCAGGCGCCUGGGGCUAGUACAUAAUGAAAGCCAAAUGCAAGUGACAAUAGAGGGAUCGCAGAGAAGAAUGGAAAACUUUCCUUUUUCUUUCCCCUGAAGUAGAUAUUUCAUUUUGUUUAUACAUAUACUUAAAAUUGUAUAAUGUAUUUGGCAAAGCAGCGAUUCUUUUACAGUUCCAGACUUGUGUGACAAACCCAUUAUUUUAACAGAAUUAUAUGUAAGGGCUAUCAUAUGUCUAGUGCCAAUUUUAAAUAUUUAAAAUUAAAAUGUGGGGAAUAUGCAUGUCAGCUCUUUCAGUGCUAAAUGCUCUAACUGCUUCACCAAAGGUUCAAAGCUAAAAAAAGAAAAGCUAUCCCAAGUUCAGGAAUUUGCUAUAUUAUUUCUAUCUCAUGUGUGAUUUGUAUGCAAGCCUUAAUCACGAUAACUGUAGUGCAGGUAACCUGUUUAGUUCCAGAAACUCUACCAGUAAAAAGUUUGGGCAGGUUGAGUCUGUAUCCACACUGUCACUGACUGCAAGUUCCCGAUCAGCAGUCUACUAUACAUCUGGCAAGAUGCCGGAGUAGUUCAGUGGACUUGAGGUGGUCAGAGUAAGCUCAGAUCAUCUCACAUCAGGAAUCUCUGAAACCUGCCAGUUGCCCAUGAGUUGGUAAAAGUGUUUAUUUUAAAAAGAAACCAUUCAUCAACAAUAAUCAGAAUAAAAAUAAUACUUAAACAGUCUUUAAAUCUACUUGUUUUCAAGUGCAGGAACAUGUUUGCUAUUUGAUCUGUAGCACACAAGGUGCUUUAGGUCUUUAAAUCCACUUAAGGGUAAUAAUCCUAAAACUGUAGUCUAAGGCACUGGAAUGUACUGUGCUCUACUACAAGAUAAAAAAGUUUAUGAAAGUUUUUAAAAAAGCUUUUUAAUCUGUAAACAAAACUGCAUGAUCUCAAACAAUAAAUAACCUUUAAGGCAAAAAAAUAAUUUGAGUAUCUAGAAAUGUGAUGCAGUUAUACAGGUAAUUGAAUGCAUUUGCAUAUUCAGUAAAAGUAAAAACAGUUUUAGAGUUAUACAGUACAUCCUUUGUUCUUUUACAAAUUAUCUAGCAGUGCUUCAGUUCUCUUCCUAUGUAAUUUUGAAUUGUUACAUACAGAGAUGUAUAACUAAACCAUACAUGAACAUGAAUAUUUAGAAAACACAUUGUUUGUGAUAGAGAAGCUGGUAAAACACAUUGAGCUACAUUUAUUAAAAAAAAAUAUUUUGUUUGUAGAUUCGCUGUCUAAACUGGUACUCUUACCAUACCUUAUAGUUUACAUUUUAAGAUCCUAUCUAGAGUUUUAUUUUAUAGGUAAGCUGCAAAGCUGAUAUAAAGUGUUACUGGUUCUUUAACUUUACAUUUUUAUUGUUCCUGCUUGAAAGUUUGGAAUUGUUUAAGAUGAGAAAAUCUGCAGUUCAAUUAAGAACAUGAAAUAUGGUCAGUGAGGUCAUAUACUGUACUGUAAUUCAGCCUAAGUGUUUUUUUAAUUUUUUUUCAAACAUAAGAAAAGCUGCACAGACAUUUUGAAUCCUUUAUUCAAUGAAACUGCAAUUUGUUAACCAAGUUUUCUUAUCAGAUAUCUGAUGAGGCAUUUGUUUCUAAUGUAGCAAAAUUCAACUUUAGACAGAUAUGCAUCUGCAACAAAUAUAAUCGCUCAAAAAUGAUGAUCGUUGAGAAUUAAAAUAAUUUUCUGAAGCUGGCAGUCAAAUAUUAUACAACAAAGGGCAGUGAUAAAGAACCUUUUUGAUCUUGAUCUUUGAUCUCUGACCUUUUAUGUCAAUUUUUAAAUGCUAAUAGACUUUAGUUAGAGAUUAUAGCACUAAAUCUAAAAAGCUGUCCUGGUGGUGAGCUGGAGUCUAACAUCAGCAUCUCAACUCCAGUGCACCGCUGAGACCGAGAGUAACACACAGGCUGUUCUAUAUUGCACAACUGCUACAAAGACAAAUCCUCAGACAAAUUAAUCAGCAUUCCUUGUCCAGAAUUCUGAGACAAUGAGUCUAGAUACAGCAGAAUGGCUCUCAAUGUGAACACAUUAAUGCAUUUGCAUUCUGUAUUUGACAUACAGUGUCUAUCUUUAUGAAAAGCUUCUCCAGACACAGGUUUACUCAAUACCAAACCUGAACAGUAUAACGGAUGAAGUGAAAUUAGGGAGAGGAAACAUGUUCAGAUAGUCUGUAGAGUCUCUGAUGACGGGAGGAAUCAAAUUUUAAUUUGGAAGUUAAAAUAGCAACUUGGAUACACCAUAAUAGCAUAUCAGCAACGUGAACAGUAUGGAGAUAGAUGGUGCUUUGCCAAACAUGGGAGACCCUUAAGCUUUAAGUGUAAAAAAAAUACAUCUUGCUUCUCUUGGCAUACACUACUCCCUCCUGGUCUGUCCUGGUUUGCCGAGAUAAAAGUAACAAGACAAGAUCCUCAACUCAGCAAAGCUUGUUACAAGAUUGAAUUAUUCUGAAUCGCCUCCCUAUCCCAGCUAAGACGUAUUCAGACAGGACUAUUUUUGUAUUGAUUUUGUAUCUUGCAGUCGAUAUAAAAAAUGACACAAACUGUCAUCAAAAGCAGAGAGAAAUAAUCCAGGAGAAUUCCCAAAAUUGCCAAAGUUAAUGCAAAGACAUUCGACCUUCGGUCUGACAGUUAAGCAUACAUGCAGUAGAAGCACCUAGGGAAAUCCCAAAAAGAAAUCUUAAUUUCAAAAGUAAAAAUAGAAUGGUGAUAUGCUAUUCCAGGACCAAUUCACUUAAGAUACACACAGGCAGAUGGAUUUUAUUGAUAAUCAGUUCUACUGUACAUCAUUUUUGUAUCUUUAAAAAUUAAUUAAACAAAACAAGGUGUCUCUUUUAAAAUCGACCAGUUGUUUCUUAUUAACCUACAUCUUAAAUAGCAACCAUGUUUGAUACCAUAUUAUGCUGAUAGGUUCCCGCCUUUCAAAAUCCCUCCAGAAAGUCAAAUCAAAGCCCAUAUCAUUUAUGUAAUAUCAAUUAUCUCCCACAGUCUCUUAUGUACUCACAUUUGCUCAGUUAUUUGAAUCAAUUAACCUAAAUAAACAUAUUUGAAGCCCUUCCAAAUUUUACUAUGUAUUUUUCCAAUCUGCUUUAUUAUCCUUGUCUGUGUGAACAUGCUUUUUCUGGAAAUUUCUAAAUGUAUUUUUAUAUCUAAAUUAAAACAAAAUACAGUUAAAACGGGUGGAAAUUGUUUAAAUUCUCAAUAACUUCUAAUUGUUACUUAAAUUGUCUAAGCCAUGCAUUAACAUUCUUAACGAAAAAGUAAGUUUCUAAUUUUGCUUGGUUUGAUAAAAACAUGCAUUACUUGAUAAAUUAGUUACUGCCUCUAAUAUAAUCUUCAAAACAGUACAGUAUAAGUACAGUAUACAGGCAGACAGGUACUGAAGAUGUCAGACAUCAAGUCAGAGGACAGGAAAGAGGAAAAAAAUCACUGAAGGACACAGAAAAACUCAAAACCUUUUAACAAGAAAAUAUUCAUAAUUUCUUUUAAAAAUCAAAGUAAAAAAAAAACACCCAUCUCAGCAUUAGCAGCAAUACUUACAGAAGACACACGAGAAGCAUUUGCAAGAACAAGAGCAAAUUUUACUGUUUUUCAAAAAGCUGUCGUACCAGACCAAAUAUCAAAAGACUUUUGAUAUUUUGAUGACAUUUAUAGAUACAAUUAAUAUACAUUUUAAUCACAUGAUCUCCACUAUUUUUAUUUGUACAUCAUACUCCCAGUUUUGGAUGAUCGCAUUUUUAAAAUUGAACUUCAAGGUAAAAUUUGUUGCCCUUUUUUCUACCUACCUUCUUAUUAACAGUUUUAAUGUGGUUUUCUUAUUUCUUUAAAAGAAAAUUCCACAAUCUGCUGUAUUUAAAUGUUUGUUGUACAACCAUCUGUUUCCUCCAGGCUGUUCUCAUCUCUUGUUUAAUCACUUCGCUCUUGCUAAAUCUCAUCUUCCCUUUCAUUACUGACAUUUAACCUAAUCCUACCUUAAUCUUUCACUUCAUUUUCUUUUCUCGCAGUUAAAGUGAUGAAGUGGUGUUUUUUUUCCUUAAAUAAAAGCUGGAUGGGAACGGUGUGAAUUAGUAGUGUUUUAAUGUAAUCACUUCCUUUUUUGUAUCUGAAAGUAGUUGCUUUCAUGUGGUAUUAUUUAAACGACUUCUUAAUAAUGGUGAUUAAAUGAAUAAUGUUUUUGUCUGAAAGGAAGUGUUAGCAUAACGUGCCACAUCUAUGUUAAUGAAUAACUUUUAAAAUCAAAGUAAAGCUCACAGUUCAUAGGCUUAGAAAAUAUUUAAAGACAUUGCCGGUUGAUCUUAAAAGACUCGUCUAAGCCAUUUGAUUCUAAUAGUUUUUUCUCUCUCUUGACACAAGAUGACAUUUAGGUGAUAGUACAGUGAUCAAUGGCAGCAAUGAUGAAUUUCAAAUAACUCAGAUACUGUGUGUUAUUCCUCUUUAUGCAAAAACAAGGUAAAGAAAUGCAUUUGAAGCAUAUUAGGUGAAUAUAUUUGACAAUGAAUUUGGAAUGAAUGUUUUCCAUUUGCAUUGAUUGCCUUUUGAUAAUCCUUCAACAGGAUAAGGAGUCUCUUUUAUGUUUUAUCAUUACUAGAUUCACUCAUGCCUCGCAUGGUUAUUUUACAUGUACUGUAUGUAGGUCAAAACAAAAGACCUUACAUGACAAAAGGCCUAAACAGGUGUGCUAUUCUCAGGAAUUAUGUCUUUUCCAGUAUUGUGCUUGCUGGCAGAUGCCACUUACUGUAAAUAACAAUGUGCACACUGGAGCAAAAAAAUCCCACAAAGUACAGCAUACAGCACAGUAUGGUAAAAUUACCCCAAAACCUUACUAGUGCUAAAUAGUUUAACUGGCAUGUUAGCAAAGCUAAUGAAUGCUUUUUAACUUACUGUCAUAAUUGAAUGCAUGAACAACCUGCGAGUUUAAUGUCAUGUUCCGUGUAAUUUAAGUCUUAUGUUCUUU